AUGUCUGCCAAAUACGCUUUCACACAGUCCCUGAAGGAGGUGCGCUUCCUCUUCUGCCAGACUGGCGAGGGCAGCGCUGCCACAAGGUCCUUCCUUACCCGUGCCUACCCUACCAUGAAGAAGAACAACCCAACCACACCCAUCCUGCUGCGCGAAGCGGCCGGCACGCUACCCAAGGUGUACGCGAGAUAUGGACUUGGAAAGGAGAAGAGCCAGUCAUUAGAAGGCCUGACGGACAAGCAGAUCGAGGAGGCAGUAACAACCCUGGUCAAGAACGAUACCACGGCAUGA